GAGAUGUGGUAUAUUUCCAUUUUAACCGAAGAGCGUGCUGCGUGUGUUUUUCGAGCCGCGUCAAUUCCCAUCAGCAAAACGGAAAAAACUGGUGCGGUACGCAUUAGCUGCGUUUGUUAACAACAAAAUUAUUGGUUUCCGUGGUUUUUUUGUUCGCUAUUUACACACCUCCUGACAGCUUCCGUCCAUAUUUCCGCUCGGUUUCGGUGAACGAAUUGUUUCAAUGCACAAUAUUAAAUCUUUAUCUCGCAAAAGCGUUGUUCUAGCGAUGGUGAGCUAUUAGUAAUAAAGCAAGUAACGUUGUUUUUUGUUGUAAUCGACGCCCUGUACGUGUAUGUGCGGCGGAAGUGAUACACAUUCGCGGAAUUCACCCAAAGGAACGCCCAACCAUCCGACGACGCAGACCUGCGUUAUCUGCAUUCCAGAAGAAGUGCGUGUGCAACAAGUGGCCGGAAAAAAAGGUUACAUCUAGUUUAUCCGCAAAAUUGCUGACUUUGCGUUGAAUAGUGGGUCGUGUGUGUUAAUUUUCUUCCGCGGUACGUUUCGUGUCUUUUUUUUUGUAUUUCGAGCAACGAAACCCCAUAGAAAGUGCUUAAUUUUUGGAAGUCAUCUUUUCCAUCGGCCAAAUGCGCAAGGGAAUCGUCUGACUGCGGGAGAGAAACGUGAAAAAAAAGUGAAAUCAUCAUAUCUUGUGCGGGUGGUGCGAGCUUUUUUUUUUGGGUAGUUUUGUUUGACGCCAAAGAGCUAACGGUCCGACGGUACGAAAGGAAAAGGUGCGGUGGGAGCUGUGUAUAAUGUGCAGCACGGUAGCAGCAGUCGCGGCGGCUUGGGUUAGCCUGUGAUGAGCUGAUUUUCGAGAGCGAAUUCCGACGUCGUGAAAAUAAAAAAAUCAACGCGGAUGAAAAAGUGCUCCUCCAAAGUGAAGUGAAAAGGGGUAACCGAAGGGAAAAAAGACGUUCCAGUGCAGCGAAUACAAAAAAAGCCGCCUAUUGUGGAAAAGAAAGAGGAGAAACAAGAGCAAAAAUCGUACCACAGUGCUUAGCGCGCGAGCGAGUGUGUGUGUGCGUGUGUGCGUGAGUUGCAGUGGUAGUGGUGUGUUGUGGCGACGCGGCUUCGUGUGUUGAAAUCAAAUCAAAAUGGGUUGUGCAGUGAGUAGAGAUAAGGAAGCCAUCGAGCGGUCGAAAAAUAUUGACCGUGCGCUACGUGCCGAUGGUGAAAGGGCGGCCAGUGAGGUGAAGCUGCUGCUUUUAGGAGCGGGCGAGUCGGGCAAAUCUACGAUCGUAAAACAGAUGAAAAUCAUUCACGAAACUGGCUACUCGCUGGAGGAAUGUGAACAGUACCGGCCGGUCGUGUACAGCAACACCAUACAGAGCCUGAUGGCGAUCAUCCGGGCGAUGGGUCAGCUGCGGAUCGAUUUUGCCGACCCGAGCAAAACGGAUAUCGCGCGCCAAUUCUUCACGUACGCAUCGGCAACCGAGGCGGAAGGUGAACUGACACCGGAACUGGUCGCGCUGAUGAAGAAACUCUGGACCGAUCCGGGCGUACAGCAGUGUUUCUCGCGUUCCCGCGAAUAUCAGCUAAACGAUUCCGCUGCAUACUAUCUGAAUUCGCUCGAUCGUAUCUCGCAGCAGAAUUACAUCCCGACGCAGCAGGAUGUGCUGCGAACGCGCGUCAAAACGACCGGCAUCGUGGAAACACACUUUAGCUUUAAGUCUAUACAUUUCAAAAUGUUCGAUGUCGGUGGUCAACGAUCGGAGCGGAAGAAAUGGAUACAUUGCUUCGAAGGUGUAACGGCCAUUAUUUUCUGCGUGGCACUAUCGGGAUACGAUUUGGUGCUUGCAGAGGACGAAGAAAUGAACCGUAUGAUCGAAUCGAUGAAGCUGUUCGAUUCGAUAUGCAAUUCCAAGUGGUUCGUCGAAACGUCCAUCAUACUGUUCCUGAACAAGAAGGAUCUGUUCGAAGAGAAGAUCGUACGAUCGCCGCUGACAAUCUGUUUUCCAGAAUAUACCGGUUCCAACACGUACGAGGAAGCAUCCAGCUACAUCCGGAUGAAGUUUGAAAAUUUAAAUAGACGAAAAGAUCAGAAGGAAAUCUACACCCACCUAACGUGUGCUACCGACACCAGCAACAUACAGUUCGUGUUUGAUGCCGUCUCGGAUGUGAUCAUCAAGAAUAAUCUUAAGGACUGUGGGCUGUUUUAAGCAAAAAAGCCAGAACAUAUGGUAUAUAAGCAGCAGGGGGGCAGCUACAGAAGAGUACGGUGUUGGUGUGGUGUAGUAUACACGAAAUCAGAACGACCGAAGAAAACUCGUUCUGUUGGUGUGUUUUUACCUACUUUUCGUUAUUAGUUUAGUUUAGAGCUACCAACGCAAGAAUUCUUCCUUUAUAUCUUUGCCUUUGAGUGGUCUUUAUGUCCAUAACAUAUCGCCACGUUACUUCUUACAUAUUCACGUAAUAUAACUGUGCUAAUUAUUCCCUUUGGUUGGUGCUUAGAACUUAACUGGUAGUUCACGUGGAAUCGAUUCCUCUGGAAACGAAAUGGCAUUGACAAAAUUGACAACGGGUGCCAAUGGAAAUUAUUUUCUGGUCCCAUCGGGUAUUGUUCAUAGUGUAGCAGAGGUCUUGCAACCGUAAUUUAAUACACAUUCAUCACGAUGCCCAUUUCCAGGUUUUCAUCCAUUUGAGCGCGCGUUUCUCUUAGCGAGCCUUUUUUGUAAGAGUAAAGUUUUCCCAUUUCUUUCUUACAACUGUUUCCAAACUGCAUAUUUAUAAGCCUUAGUGUUGUAAGAUUAUUUUCACAUUAUGUUUUUUUUUAAACUCUGCCCUUUAAUGAAUAGGUUAGUGUAGACACAAAUUAAAUAGAUAUAGACAUAGCGGUUGAGAGAAGAGAACGAGAGAAGCGAGUGUUUUUGGGGAUGUUUUGUUGACGUUUCUUCUUCUUGUGUAUGUGUGCGUGUUUGCUUAACGUACGCUAAACUUUGAAGCAAAAUGAAUGCAAAUGUUGUAGGAAAUUAAUAUAAUAAAAAAAAAAACUGUAAGCAGAGAAUAGUGAUCAAACGCACCAGCCAGCAAAAGAAAAAAUCCUGAAUGAGUCAAACAUUUACGACAAUUCAGAUAAAUGGAUUGUAUCGUGGUAAGCGUGUGCGUUACGAGAUUAUCGGCAUUGUUAUAACGCGGAUACGCUCUUCUGGACAAGGAUGAAGAAAAGCAUCUUUCUUUCGAGCCUGUCCCAUAGUUCGCCUUCGAGCGAAACCGCCAGGAAGGAUUGCUAUUUUUAAUGUAUUUUUUAAGCACAGCAUCGCAUAGAGCUGCCAAAAAGAUUGAUUUUUUUUAUCGCUAACUAAUUUGUCCUAAUGAUAUUUUCGAUUUAAGUAACUGACAAAUGUCCCUGUUUGUCCGAUUCCAUCAGCGCCUUUCGCUUCAUUGUUCCUUCAAAAUAUUCAUUUAUUUUAAAACCUGCUUUUGUUCUUCUCAAUGUGAAGCGCAACCCCUCCUAAUAAAGCAUGUUCUGCUACAAACAAAAAUGAGCUUCAACAAUUCCAAUCGAAACGUGUUGCAUGAUGGUAUUCGCGCUAGGCUUAUUACCAACACAACAUACAUAUUUGUGAACCAGCUGGCUUAUUGAGCGACAGUUUUAGGGCCACUUGUACGGGCAUAACGUAUAUUAUCCUACCCCUGGGAUGGAAUAGAAAAAUCGCGCGAAUGCAUUGUGUAUGAUCCAUGAUCGUGUGUGUGUGCAUAAAUGUUAAUGAUCGCGCACUGUUGUUACCGAUCGUCGGUUAAUUAGAAAGUAAGAGUUAAACGAAACAAAACGUGUUUGCGCCACUUCCAGCGAGUGUCCCCCUAUUGUGGGACAGUGCACCGGUUUUGAGAAGUUGCUAAAUUAUUAAAUGAUCGUUACAAACACCGUACAGUUUUUUCUGUCACAAAACACACACAAACACACACAGGUGGUAUUUUUGGUAACAAAAUUAAUUACAAAACAUAUACACAGCAAAAUAUGCACAAAAUGAAGUUUGAAACAUCUCAGCCAGAUGAUAGAAGAAUUUAUUUUGUAACGAACGUACAUAUAUGACUAUAUAUAUAUAUAUUUGUAUAAAAGAAAUCAUAUUGAUGAUGAGAAGAACGAAAAAAAAAACAAUUUGUUUAUGGUGCGAUACAAAAAAAGUAGGAAAAUUGUUAAGGACAAGGAUAUCGAAUUAGAUAAAGGAAGAAAGCUGUUAUUAUUCUACUUUUUCCUAUCACCAGAAGAGGCAUACUCUUCCUGCUGUUCUCCGUUAUGCCCUCACACACAUUUUGCCAAAACGUUUGAGUAUUACGUUUACUUUUGUAUGCCAAUUUCGAUACAAUCUGCCAAAAAAAAGGUAAUAGUGAAAAUUUCCCUUCCUUGUGAGACAGUCGCAUGGAACAAUGCAAUUUUACAGAACAAAAAAUUUCGCCGCACAAAAUUGUAAACGAUAGUAAAUCCAUUUUUAUAUGAGCAUAUAUUUAUACAAACACGAAAGUAAACCACCGCUAAACGGGAAAGCGAAAAGAGCAACAAAUGCAAACAAAAAAAACGAACUGACACCGGUACAUGGAACGGAUUUGCUGUUUUUUUUCAAAUCGAUAAACAAGUGCUAAACUGCUUAACUCUAUACAUAAACGUUUCUCUGCGCAUACAUAUAUAAAUAUAUAAAUCUGUGUAUGAAUGUCUGUUCAUUGAUAGCGAAUGUGCUACAGAAAUAAAUACAUAAGCGAACGAACUAGCAAAGAAGCUGAAAAGGGCGUGUGGGUGAGCAUUAUGCGAAAGGAGGGAAUAGAGUAGAAGUACGCACAAUUACGCACACCCGCGUGCAAAUGCGGACGGGUAACACUGAAACACAUAUAUAGGGAACGAUAGCAGCAAAGUACUAACAUCGAAUAUUUAAUUGCAUCAUUGUACGAUCACUUUUGUGAAUAGUAAACGAAGGGAAAGCAGAAUGAAAUAUGGUAUAAUAUUUUUUUUUAAAUUUGAAUAGCAACUGUUAACACUAUGAAAAAGCAAGGCUACGUAAUGAAGAAGCAGAAUGCGAGCAAUUACAAGAGGCAAGAUAAUCUAAAUCACCCAAGAACAGAAUGCUAGCAAAUAUCAACCUCUAGCAAUAAAACAAGCUGCUAAUUGACUCAAUUGGAAAGGAAAUGACUUACUUCAGAGCAAAGAAAGGCGCACAGGAGCAACAGCGGUUGCAUACUUUUUACCAUUUUAAUGCGCAACAAACAAAACAAACGGUCGAUUUUGCUUUUCGGUGUAACGGCAAAUGCAAGGAAUGGUUCUUAAUCGAACGGAUGAUGAUUUGACUUGAUUUGAUAUGAAAUAUAUUGAACAAAGGGAAAUUCAACAAUCA